AAUACAGUGUUAGAAGAAUGAAUCAUUACGUUCCUCUGGAUAUGUCGUCCAAGAAACAGUGUAACGCUUUUAGCAAUCGGCGUUACAUGCCGUAUGUUCCUCGAAGCAGUUAUAUGCCAUCCGUUUCUCGACAUGAAACUGUUUCGUGCAAGAAACAGCAUGAUGCGUAAGUACUCUAAAAUUAUUGUAUAUUUGUUCAUACUUUUCCUAAUUUACUUGUAUUUAUUUUACUUUAUGUAUUCUUUCAGUUCUGAUAAACCUCGUUACACGCCUCGUAUCAUGAGCAGGAGAUUCGCCCUGACAUCUACCGCGUACAAAUACUUGGAUGUUGGAAUCUGCGUGGUACCUGAUGCAUCCUAUGUGGAAUUCAUUCUCGGCGACAAUCGUGGAAAUAAGAUGGCGUUAAAUCAUUCAACGUGGAUGGAAUUUAACAAGAAACGUGCCGAAAUAGAGCAGCUCUUCAAGUCAACAGACGCAUCAUCAUCAUCAUCAUCAUCAUCGGUACAGAUUGACAAUUUAGUUUUAGAACUUGUUAGAAUGUACAAAAAAAAGUUGUAAAAUUCACGUUAGAUGACACUUGCAUGUACAUGAACAUGUCAACUGUAUUCUUUUUACUCAAUCUCGAACAUUGUGAAGAGCAUGUAUAUCGCAAACUGUCGGAGGGUAUAGAAGCUGUAAUUGAAAGCUU